UUUUCAAAUAUAUAUUUGAAAAGCUGCUUUCGUAUUUGCUUUGCUUUAAAAAGUCGCCCAGUAGUAUUAGCAAGAGACUAAAUACAACAAAUGUUGGACGCCAAAGCUGUUGUAAUUAUUCUGGUGCUUACGUUGUCUUUGAUUGACAAAGAAACAGGGCAGAGAUGCAAAUUUGGGAAAGAAGCAUUAGAUACUCUCCUCGCCUUAAACCCGGAAUGGGAAGAAUCGACGACCCCUUUCAUCGAUGGCGUCGUUGGGAAUAACUCGCACACAGUAUGUCAAAGCGGCUUGGAACCAUUUUCUCAACCAAAAAUACAACCCUGGUCAUACGAAUGCCCUCACAGAUACACGAAAAAUGACACAGGUUUUCGGUACUUUCCAAGGUAUAAAAUUGAUGCAGAAUGUCUGUGCACAUUGUGCAUCAGGAAAAAUGCCAGGUCUUGUAAAAAAAUAAGGGCCGAUAUGAAAGUUCUGUACAUUGAAAGUUGUUCCGAUGAUGGCGUGGCUGCGUACAAGUUAGUAACUAGGCGUUUGACUACGGGAUGCCAGUGUGAAGAUUCCAUUCCUCCAGCUCCCUCUGGCGGCGGCCCUCCAGUGACGGAAUAAAUCACCACAGCCAGCUCUGAAUCUUUGCCGCCUGUCUAGAGCUACAUUCUUUGCCGUUUAUAUUGACAAAAAUUUAAGUUAUUUGCCGUUCUUUGUUACGGCAAUUUUAAUAUUAUUUGUCGUUUUUUUAUAGACGGCAAAGAAUAGAGAAUCUUUGAUAUUUUGUCUUGACGGAAGUUUAUCAUUUGUAGAUUUUUAAAUGGCAAAGAUUUAAGGCUUUCACGCGUAGUUUCUUGGUAAAUCUUUUAACAUGAAUAAAAAAAAAUUAUUCAAUGGAUUUAUGGUUUAUAUUAAUUUAAUUCACGUUUUUUUCAAUUCAUGUCUGAUUUGUGAUAUCGCACUCCAAAAAACUUCCACACACUUUCACACACGUCAACACACUUCUACUGAGUUCCACGCACUUCCUCACACUUUCAUACACUUUCACACAACUUCCACACACUACUACACACUUCCACAUACUUCCACACACUUCCACACACUUCCACACUCUUCCAUACACUUCCAUACACUUUCAUACACUUUCACACACUUCCACACACUUCCACACACUUCCACACACUUCCACACACUACCCCACACUUCCAUACACUUCUACACACUUCCACACUCUUCCAUACACUUCCAUAGACUUUCAUACACUUUCACACACUUCCACACACUUCCAUACACUUUCACACACUUCCACACACUACCCCACACUUCCAUACACUUCCACACACUUCCACACUCUUCCAUACACUUCUACACACUUUCAUACACUUUCACACACUUCCACACUCUUCCAUACACUUCCAUACACUUUCAUACACUUUCACACACUUCCACACACUUCCACACACUUCCAUACACUUUCAUACACUUUCACACACUUCCACACACUUCCACACACUUACACACACUUACACACACUACCCCACACUUCCAUACACUUCCACACACUUCCACACUCUUCCAUACACUUCCAUACACUUUCAUACACUUCCACACACUUCCACACUCUUCCAUACACUUCCACACACUUUCAUACACUUUCAGACACUUCCACACACUUCCACACACUUCCACACACUACCCCACACUUCCAUACACUUCCACACACUUCCACACUCUUCCAUACACUUCCAUACACUAUCAUACACUUUCACACACUUCCACACACUUCCACACACUUUCAUACACUUUCACACACGUCCACACACAUCCACUGAGUUCCACACACUUCCUCACACUUUCAUACACUUUCACACACUUCCACACAAUACCACACACUUCCACACACUUCCACACACUUCCAUAUACUUCCACGCACUUCCAUACACUUUCACACACUUCCACACACUUUCAUACACUUUCACUCACUUCCACUCACUCCCAAACACUUCCACACACUUCCACUGAGUUCCACACACUUCCACACUCUUUCAUACACUUUCACACUUCCACACACUUUCAUACACUUUUAAACACUUCCACACACUUCAACACACUCCCAAACACUUCUACACACUUUCAUACACUUUCAAACACUUCCACAUACUUCAACACACACCCAUACACUUCUACACACUUUCACACACGUCCACACACUUCCACUGAGUUCCACAUACUUCCUCACACUUUCGUACACUUCCACACAUUACCUAACAGUUCCAUACACUUCCACACACUACCCCACACUUCCAUACACUUCCACACUCUUCCACAAACUUCCAUACACUUCCAUACACUUUCACACACUUCCACACACUUUCAUACAUUUUCACACAGUUCCACACACUUCCAUACACUUUCACACACUUUCACACACUUCCACACACUUUCAUACACUUUCACACAGUUCCACACACUUUCACACACUUUCACACACUUCCACACACUCCCAAACACUUUCACACUUCCACACACGUACACACACUUCCACUGAGUUCCACACACUUCCUUACACUUUCAUACACUUCACACACUUCUACACACUUAUAAACACUUUCAUACACUACCACACACUUCCAUACACUUCACACACUUUACACAAUUCACACUCUACCACACACUUACACACACUUACACACAUUUCCACACACAUUCACACACCAAUACACAAACAAAGACGUAAAUGCACAGAAAACACGUUCUCUCCAACUCAUAAACGUACAGGCACACACGAAACCAAUAUUACACACAAACCAAACCACUAACACGCACAUAAAACAACAAUUACAUACACAAACAAAAUGUUAUUUCAAUUAGUCUUAAGGGUAAAUUUUGAUAACUGAAUUUUAAACCUGUAUAUCGUUUGCCAUUGGUUUUAUUAUAAAAUGUUAGUAUGAACGUGUAGCUUUAUUUAAAUACUAUACACAUCACUGGAAGACAUGAAAUUUCUUAUGUUUUAUCUAUUUUUGGGAAACAGGUGUUAUAUCAUACAGUUUGCUUUUUAAAUGUAAUAAAGGGGAUUAUCGAAUAAAACUUGUUUUGUGUAAAA